AUGUCCGGGCUCAUUCUACCGACCGACCAACGCGUAACACAGGACUUCCUGGCUAAUUUGAUAGGUUCGCGCUGGGAGGCCGAGAGGGCCACACUUCAACCCCCCACACCCAUGCAGCCCCGGCCACAUACAGAAGUAUCUGAGGCCCCUGUCAUGGGCUCAUCCCAGAUUGCUGGCUCUGUUAUGCUACACUCUCAGCUCGAGGAUUUCAGUCCAGAAGCGUUCGCAUUGGAUGAACGGGAGCAGGAGAAGAAGUGUACCACCAAAGUGGGGAAUGUCACUUUAAGCCUUGUCCCAUCGAAGCGACCCAACGCCCUUCUCCGCCUCCCGACGGAACUCACUGCGAUGAUCUUCGAGCUCGCUCAAGAUCAAUCGCCAUUCGGCCACGGGAGAUUCAGCUCGAAAAGGUACUAUACUGAGGCAGCUGUGUCCCAAGUAUGUCGCCAGUGGCGCGCAAUUUCUAUCGACCGACGACCUUUGUGGACGACGUUUUUCCACCGGGACAACAGACCCAGCGUGGAUCGACCGGAGACGAUUCUUCAUCGCCUGCACACAUAUAUCCAGCGCGCCGCGCCACGAGAGGUUGAUCUGUAUGCAGUUACUGGGGACCCGAAGCUCGCCGCCCUUUUAAUCGACGAGUUUACUCGAUAUGCCACUCGUUGGCGUCGGGUAAUCAUUCAAAUCCCCACCGGUGCGGAGGCUUGCCUUGCGCACCUGAGCGAGGUCAAAUUCUCAGCUAUGGAACGCUUAGAUGUCUUCAUCCCCCACUGUACGAAUAUGGGGCCUUAUUCAGCGCCCGCAAAUUCUUUCACAGCACCAAAGUUGAAGUGCGUCGAGAUGGAUUGCGCCGCCUUCAAGUUAUGCAAGCCUCCUUUGUCGACAGUAACCAUCCUUUACCUCGAAUCUCUCAGCGUUGAUGAGCUGCCAACUAGCGCAACCCCUGUGCUUGAUUUAUCAGAAUUCAUGGAAGUGGUCAAAUCCGCCGUCUCGCUCAAGAGCUUGACAGUGGUCGGCUCCUGUGUUUCUGGAGAACUCUUCGGCGACCCGCCUGGAACUGUACUGACCAACAUCGAGGAAUUAAUCUGCUCCAGCGAAUUUGUUGCAACCAACUUUUGGAGCAAGUUAUACGCGCCCAGGUUAGCAAAGGUGGAAUUGAUUGGCGUCGAACUCUUCGCAAUUAUUCCCGACGGCGACACUUCAUACAGUUCAGACAACCUUCCGGCUUUAACGAACGUUAAAUUCAAUAAUGUCGUUGUGACCGAGACGUGGAUGAAAAGAUUGGCGCUGAACGCAAAGAACGUAACUCACAUCGAGCUUGAGAACGAGGACAUGAGCGAGGAUUUGUGGAUUGGACUAGACCAUCGGGUGCUUAACCCGCUCGAUGCCUUAGCAGAAUGCGACGCCACCUCUGGCCCAGGUCGCUACAUGUGGCCGAAGUUGACCUCGAUUUUCGCCAGAAUCGAACCUUUCGGGACACCUCAAUGGGAGGCGUACGCGCCCCUGCUGAAGCAGCGAAAAGGCUGCCAGUUACUCCUCCCAGAACAUCAUGUACAGCUGUGGAAGGAGGAGGAUGGAGAAAACUGGAAGGAGCUCGAGGAGAUGGGCCGCGUCGCUGGGGUGGUCUACGACGAAGCUGAAUAA